CUCUUCCCGCAAGGCCCUGCUGUUUUCUCACGCUGAUGUGGAGGUGCUCGGCUAAUGCUGGCUAACAUUUAACGCUAAACUUGUAGCUACACUGUCGACAGCUCGCAGGCUGGCGGCACGGAUAGCCGUGCAAUGAAACGUGCCUGAAAACGGCGGUGAACUGUCGAGUGGAAGGGUGUCAUCGACAGUGCCGCUCGUAAAUCGUGAGAGAGUCUAAUGUGAGUUUUGCUUCCUCCUGACGUUCCUCCGGAGCGGAGCUGAGCUGAGCGGAGCUCUCCUCUCUCGCUGACCGUCUCUCAUCAUCUGGUCGGACUGUCCGGACUUCUUGCCGCUCUCCGUUCUCAGCCGGUCCGUGUACAGACUCGUCGUUAAGGACGAAAUGAACAAAAGUGCGUUUUAUCGAUGACGGACUCUUCUCGGGUCAGGUUACGGUAGUGGUUUUCCAGUUAGCUGGCUACAAGCUCCCUCCUAAAGCGUUUCACCGAGCCGGUAUCCACAGCAGAAGGCCGACACGGCGGAACACUCCGAGGUGGACUGGACUGGAGGAGAAAACAUUUGGAGAAAUAUUUCGCCUGAUCGUGUAGAUAGCGUGGAGUAAGUUAUAUGGCGAAAAGCUAACCGGCCACGUAAACUAUGGAUUCUUCUCUCGGACUCUGUGAGGAGAAAUGCCUGGCGACGGUGAGGGGGCAUGAGCUGAGGGCUGGCCAGCGAGAACCUAGACUCCUCACUUUACUGGAGCAUUCAGGACAGUUUACGUUGGGAGUUUUGGCAAAUCCCGAGGCAGUUGUGUCCAGUCCAGUGCCCCAAUUGUCCAUACCGAUCACUAGCCACUUUCAGAUAGUGCGAGAAGCUGAGGAGGCUCUUCUUAUAGACAUCUCAAUAAGCACGACACUGAGGAUCCGUAUUCGAGGGGAGCAGACUCCGGAGCUGCUGCUGGAGCUGCAGGAUGAUGAGCGAACUAGGACAUUUCUCCAGCAGGUGAAGAAGGCCAAGCAACAAGUUGAAGGAAGAAGUUCACUACCUAGGAAGAUGGAGCCAGUUGUGCCUGCCCCUCUCAAACCUUCUGUCCCAGUCCCCCCUCAGAGAACCUCUAAACCACCAGUCACUGCUUCUAAGAACUUGUUACAAGGCAGCACAAGCAACAGCAAUACAGGAAAAUCUUUAAAUUCUGUAGAUCCUGCAGUCUCACUGGUGACAGAUUUUGGUUUUGAGGAGAAUUUCAGCCAUGCUUUAAAAGUAGAGGAAAAGAAGAAUCAGCAAAACCGGGUAGUUGCCCAGAGGGAGCCUCCUCCUGUACCUCCCCUUCCUCCUCGAAAAGGUUCCUACACUACCCCUGCAGCUCCAGUAGCUGGCCCACCUCCUAAAGAGAAACCUCCCCCUACGCAAAUUGGCACACCCAUCAGACAAGAGUAUAGUCACUCUUCAGAACGAUCUAGCUCUUGGUCUGACAGCCCAACCACGCACAGCAUGAGGCAGGCUAUGCUCAGCAGCCAGUCAGGCCUGAGAGAAGGCCUUCUCAAAUAUCGCUUAGGCAAAAAGGAGAAGGAGUUUGUGGAUAUACACAACUUCAGAUUUUUUGCAGGCACAUGGAAUGUGAACGGUCAGUCCCCUGAUAGCAGUUUGAAUCCCUGGUUGUGUUGUGACCCUGAUCCUCCUGAUAUGUAUGCACUGGGGUUUCAAGAAUUGGAUUUGAGCACAGAGGCCUUUUUUUACAUGGACUCAUCCAAAGAGCAGCUAUGGGUUGAUGCAGUAGAACGAAGCCUUCAUCCCAAAGCCAAGUAUAAACGGGUACGCAUUAUACGGUUAGUGGGUAUGAUGCUGGUGGUGUUUGUCAAAAAGGAGCACAAGAACAACAUCAGACAUGUCUCUGCUGAAUCUGUGGGAACUGGCCUCAUGAAUAAAAUGGGCAAUAAAGGAGGCGUGGCAGUGCGGUUUGUAUUCCACAACACCAGCUUCUGCAUUGUCAACUCUCACCUUGCGGCCCAUGUGGAGGACUUUGAGCGGCGGAAUCAGGACUACAAGGACAUUUGUGCCCGCAUGAGCUUUCACCUCAUGGAGCACCCACCCCUCAAUAUAGUCAAACAUGAUGUGGUGAUUUGGCUGGGAGAUCUAAACUACAGACUGUGUUUAUAUGAUGCAGCUGAAGUGAAGAGGCUCAUUGCUGAUAAUGAGCUGCGGAGGCUCCAGGAGUAUGAUCAGCUAAACAUUCAGAGGCAUACUAAGCAAGCCUUCACUGACUUCAUGGAAGGAGAAAUCACUUUUAUCCCCACUUACAAAUAUGAUGCAAAAUCGGACCGAUGGGAUUCAAGUGGGAAGUGCCGAGUUCCAGCCUGGUGUGACCGUGUCCUGUGGAGAGGUAUUAAUGUUAAGCAGCUGCACUACCGAAGCCAUAUGGAGCUACAGACCAGUGACCACAAACCUGUCAGCGCCCUCUUUAGCGUUGGGGUGAAGAUGGUGAAUGAACUGCGCUAUAAGAAGGUAUUUGAGGAGAUAGUACGUGACAUGGAUAGGAUGGAGAAUGACUUCCUGCCCUCUUUGGCAUUGACUCGAAGGGAGUUCACCUUUGAGAAUGUGAAGUUCCGUCAGCUGCAGAGACAGAGUUUUCUCAUCACUAAUGAUGGUCAGGUACCCUGUACUUUCGCCUUCAUCCCCAAACUCACAGACUCCCAGUAUUGCAAACCCUGGUUGCGAGCUGACCCCAGUGAAGGCCUCUUGGAUCCUAAUGAGACAAUGGAGAUUGCCCUGGAGGUAUAUGUGAGUAAAGACUCUGUAACUUUGCUUAACUCUGGAGAGGAUAAAAUUGAAGACAUCCUAGUGUUGCACCUGGACCGAGGGAAAGACUACUUCAUCACUGUGUCGGGGAACUACUUGCCCAGCUGUUUUGGUACCUCUUUGGAUACCCUGUGCCGUAUGAAGAAGCCCAUCCGUGAAAUUCCUAUCACCAAACUCAUCGACUUGGGAGAAGAUAGCUACAUGGAAAAGGAAAAAUCCAGAAUGAACUUCCUACUGGAAAGCACUAACACAGAAGACAAACCCUUAAAAAUCCCCAAGGAGAUCUGGCUACUGGUUAACCAUCUUUUUACCAAGGCCUGUCAGCAGGAGGAGCUUUUCCAGACCCCUGGCCUGCAAGAUGAGCUGCAGUGUAUCAUUGACUGUUUGGAUACCAGUAUUCCUGACUUCAUCCCUGGCUGUAACCAUUCAGUGGCUGAGGCUCUGUUGAUCUUCUUGGAGGCUCUGCCUGAGCCAGUGGUGUGUUACGAGCUCUACCAACGAUGUCUCGAAUGCUCACAUGACAGCCGCCUCUGUAAACAGUUAAUAUCUCAGCUCCCCCGAGCUCACCGCAACGUAUUCCGCUACUUGAUGGCUUUCCUCAGAGAACUGCUCAAGUACUCAAUCGACAACAACCUCACUGCCAAUCUCCUAGCUACCCUCUUUGCAAGCCUUCUCAUCCGGCCACCGCCGAACCUAACUGGCAGGCAAACAUCCAACGAUCGGCAGAGAGCCAAUGACUUCAUUCUAGGGUUUCUAAUGGGCAGUGAUGAGGACUGAGGAGCCUUGCAGAGAUGAUGGGCCAUAUAUUCCUCCAGGUUGUGCCCUGGGGAAGCCAGAGGGUUUAGGUGUGUGUGUGUGUGUGUGUGUGUGUGUGUGUGUUUUAUGUCUAUGUGUGUGUGAGUGGCUUAACUCACUAGAUAUCAAUGGACCCACCCUGCACUACAAUGGCUGAUGGAAUAGCAAGAGGACAGCAUUGCAUUGAGCCUCCUUUUGCACAGACAGUGCCUGUUGGCUCUGUUGUGCUGUACGUCUCUUGAAGCCUUCUCCAUUGCUGGAAUCAUGCAGUUUUAGCCUGGACUAAUCCAGCUCUGAGAGCUUUAAUGGCUUCAUAAUUAGCCUGGCACUUUUUGACCUCUGGUGGGAUGUUUCAAUGCCAAAACCAAAAACUGUUGAGGUGUAAGUGGAAUGGAUAUAUAUAUAUGGAAAUAAUGUAUGCGUUCACAUGCACCUGCAAAGAGAGAACGACUUGUACACUAAGGAAGAGCAGUGUUUGAUUGCUGCAUUUGUUCUGAAUGCUUUCUCUAAUGGAAAAGUCAUAGCUCAAAGCACGUUUCUUUCUAUCACACAGCCCAAGCAGUGUGAGAGAUCAUGUUAACUGUACAAAGACUGUCCUGCUCCGUGUAACAUCAGUGGGUGAGGAGGUCAUGUGAUUCUCGAAAGGUGACUUAGACAAUCGAUUACCUUUUGGAGGACAGCAUUCUGUGAGUGUACCUGAAUCAUGGUGGUGUAUGUCUGGUGUAGUGUAAAAUUUGUUAUUUAUAUAUUUUUGUGCUCUCUCACAUCUGUCAUUUUCUCGAUAUUUCUGCUUUGGGAACUCUCAGAGCUCCUUCAAUAAGAUGCAUUGGAAUUUGCUUUUGGAUCAAAGAUGACUCUUAAACGUUUGUUCUGGUUUAGACUAUUUAUACUGGCGAAACCUCCAUCAUGCUGUAGCUACUUCAUAAUAUUUCUUCAGUGUUCUGACCAAUGCUGUUAUACUCCUGCAUUUAUCAGUCUAAUGCUGCUGCAUCUGUAGCAUACAGUCAGUGACCAUGAACAAUAAUUCUGAUUAGGGAUGCACUGAUACCACUUUUUCCCUUCCAUUACUAAUAACGAUAACCAUACCUCAUCCUCAAAUAUUUGUCGAUUCUGAGUGCCGCUACUGAUCCAAACUCUGUCUAAGCUGACUACUCAGCAAUAGGGUGAUUUGGGCAAAAUAUGUAAUUGCAUUUUUUUUCUGACCAGUAUUGUGAUAGCAAUUUGUUUUGUGAUUAUUUUCUAUUGAGUUCCAGGCAUUGUUUCUGGGAAAGGCGACCAGCAUACCAAUUUUUUCUGGCUUGAGGCUUGAACACUGAAUAUAGUGUGACAGCAUGGCAGUUGAUUGUGGUCUUGUUGUACACAGCAGGUGGGGGUUCUGGUUGUGUAUGAUUGCUCUAACACAUCUAGAGAUGGUAAACAAGCUCUGAGUUAUUUGUUUACAUUUCCCCACUUAGUUUGCUAAAGCAAUAUUCGUGAUAAAUGUAACCUAUAAUAAAGUUGCAGAUCUAGGCAUUUUAGAAUUACCUUCUGUAAAAUUGCAUAUUUGAUAUAAAACCAUUUUAGCCUACUUCGAUACAUACAUAUCAAUGCUGAAAUUUCUACUUUAUAAUGAAAUAGGUUUUGACCAAAGCAUUUAAUAAAACAUGCUAGGUUUGAAUGAAUGACAUUCACUGGUUGGAACACUUGGUUUUUGAGCCUCCCCAGGCAUUCUGGCAUUACAGUUCUUGUAGUGAUUACUAAUACUGCUUGUCUCAGACAUGAAAUAAUCCCACAAAGACACAUUGCUGACUUCAAAUACUUUUUUAUUGCUGAUACCAAUACUGUAUUCAAGUGCCAGUAUCGAGCUGAUAACAAUACAGUAUUUAUGUCAGUGCAGCACUAAUUUUAAUGCAUUUCUUAAUGCAUAGGAGAAGAGCUCAAUAAAACAUUGACUUGAAUCACAGGUACUGGAGUAUUCAUAAUCACUGUUCAUGUUAAUCUACUAUAGGCUACGUUUGCAGCAGAGAUUAGUUUGAAAAACACUGGGCUCUUUUAAGCAAUGUGACACUGAGCCUCUGCUUCAAUAGAAAUCAUUACAGUCCAGAAAACUAUGGGGUGUGUCCGUUUUAUGUCUACUAAGCUCAACAUGUUUCCAGUGGUUAACUCUGUAACCAGGUGUGUCCUCUGUGUCAUACCUCAUUGAUAUCUUACCUGAUGUAAAUGUGUUGUCCUGUAGUGACUGUGUCCUGUCUUGUGUGUUAAUCUUGAUGCAAAAUGUGUCCUCCCAUGCAUUACUAUGCGUGCAUUUACAUAAAUUACGGCUGCUGUACACUCAGCACCCAGUCACGUGAAGGGAGAGUUUCAUUUUUCUGUGUUUCAUUUUCCUUACUGCUCUUACUUAAAGAGGGUGGUGCUAACAGGUGGUUUCUAGGUGCCUGAACAUUUAUUCUAUAGUACACUAAUCAGCAUAAGCUACCCCCUUCAAAGAAGCUCAGUUUAUGAAGUCCAGUCUGUAAUUUUUAGUUUAAAAAAGUCAUUUUUAGACUUGCUGUGAAGUGCAGUAUAGUGGGUCACUUACAAAAGUUGUCAAAAGAAUUGCAAAUGUUCCGUGAUGUCACUGACCUAAAAAACGUCAGGGUUUUACUGACCAAAGGCGAGGAAAGUUGAAAUUCCUGAUUUUCACUGUACUUUAUUUAUUGUCUUUGUGUCAUUGGUUCCGUUGGGAGUUUGUGUUGCUGCUUGUAUGUCUCUUUCUUUUUGGGUGGCAAGAUUGCAGUAUGUAAUUGUGUAAGCAAGUGAAACCAUCUUCAAGUAAGCCAACGUGUGUAAUGGUUUUUACAUUUUGAAAUUGUUGUAAGGAUAUGAUUAUUUUCUGUUUUUAUCUAGUGAAAGUGUUUUGUUCUGUUGACAGAUACUUUUACUUGUUUUGAGAAAUAAUGCAGGUCUUUUUGCAUAUUUAAAGAAAUAAUAUUUGAUUUAAAAUAGUGCAGUUAUCUGCCAGUGAAAUAAAAAAAGUAUGAACAAGUAAAACAUUGUGAAGGAAUAAUAAUAAGCAGCUGCCAGAAGAUUUAACUUUAAAAGUGAAUUCCUUCAGAUUUUAUUUUAAAAACUCCAUAAUUUUAUUUAAAUGUAAAUUAAGUUUAGAGUUAUUCUAGAAAAACUUACCAAGUUAGUAUUCUUCACAGGAGUAGUGAUGAAAACCUCAGAAUUCAACCUCAACAUGUAUGUUACAAAGACACUGCCAGAUGCCUGAGAUAUUGAUUUACAUUAGUUUUUAAUGUUUUAAGGCACAUGCAAAGCAGCGUAAGGCUUAAUUUUUGAGUUUCCAGUAUUUUACAGUUAUUCAAAUUAUAUAUAAAAACACAUGUGUAGGUUCACUGGUAGUAAAUAAAACUGCUAUUUGCGAUGUAAGCUUUAUGAACUCUGGUUCCUAUCACUACCUAAAAGAUGUGUAAAUUGGUAAGUUUCUCUAUUUUACAUUAAAUCACUCACUGAAUGGCAUUAUUGACAUCUCAAUGACUGAAUUGUGCAGAUAUUUUGGUUCAAGUAAAAAGUUAAAGUAUAUCCCAUUCAUAGUAUAUCAGAAUUAUUUGCGUAGGAAACUGAGUCAAUGUUCUAAUGGUUACUGGAAAAAAAUCAGGACAAAAUGCUGAAGACCUUCCUUGUCAGGCCGCUGUGAUGUAAAAACUGUUCAGUGGAAAACUCCCUCAGAAGUCAACAACAUGUUUGUUUUGACAGAGACGUGCUGAAAAUAGCAUGGAAAAAGAUAAGAAAAAGAACCUCAGCACAUCAUUUCAAGUUCAGUAUGCAUCGUUUUCUCUUUGAAAGCUCCUAACAUGACAACCUCUUGUCAACCUCGAAAACAGCUAUGGCCUACUGCCACUGGAUGCUACUCCUUUCCUACUUGCCCACUUUAUAACUGCCUCGGGCUCAGCCCUGCUGAUCUCUGCUGUGCCUGACCUCUUAACCACGUCUGCUGUUCUUAAAAGCCUACGUCUGUCGCUAGGUUUAGUCAUCUCCUGAGCCAGCCUGCUUGUUUUGUAACUUCCUCAAAGGCUGAAGCCAUAAGUAGAUUCCUGAAGAGGGCCUGGCAGUAGACUGCUGAUUUACUCGAAGCUUAAAGCGCUUGCUCAGCAUUGCCAGUGUGUGACGUCUCUGGAAGGAAUGAGCUCCAUUGUUCUUGAGUCACUGGAACCGAGGUUCCAAACGGACUUCUCAUUCACGAGGCUUUUUUCGGUCUGUGUGGCCACCAUUCCCACUCCAGACACUCUCUGGGAAAUUUUAAUUGGAGGAUGAGUCACUUGCGUUGUCUUGUACCUUUUUUUUGUUUGUUUGUUUGUUUGUUUGUUUUCUUCUGUUUUUGUGUUUUUGUUUGGUCCUACAAAAUUGUGCUAUACAUGGUACAUAUUCUACAGAAUACUUGCAGAUCUGUCAUUUUUCUCCUUUUUUUUGGUACUUUUAACUUAUUUAAUGGAAAUAAAACUGUAAAAUCUUAA